AUGGUGAGAACAAGGACAGAAGAUGUGGAAGAUGCUACCUCAGCACGACUGGAUAGGAUGGAGAGGAUGAUUAUGGAAAUGGCGGAGACUCUACGUCAACAACAGCAACUGCCUCAACAACAGCCGCCACCGCUACCGGUACCUCCACCAGCAGCACAAGAUUUUCAUGCUGAAGACCGGACUAUUACCCUUACUAAGGAGUUUAAAAAGAUGAAACCGCCGUCUUUCAAAGGGGGAAUAGAGCCAAUGAAAGCUGAAGCCUGGGUGUUGGGAAUAGAGAAGUUAUUCGAAGUUUUCCCUUGUACCGAAGCUCAAAAGGUGCAACUAGUUGCCUUCACUCUUGAGGACGAGGCCCGGAGAUGGUGGAUUCUUACGAGAACAAUCCAUCCAGGGUUAACAUGGGACAGAUUUCUGGAGCUGUUUUAUGAUAAAUAUUUCCUUCAAAGCAUGCGGGAUAAAAAGGUGACUGAAUUCGAAACUCUCAGACAAGGGAACAAGACUGUUGCUGAAUAUGAGGCCCAAUUUGCAGAGUUAGCCCGGUUUGCACCGCACAUGGUGGACACGGACUACAAGAAGGCACGGAAAUUUGAAGGGGGAUUACAGGGAACAAUUUUGGAUCGAGUCAAUAUGUUGAAGUUACCUACCUAUGUAGACAUACUGGAGAGGGCUGUUAUAGCUGAGGAAAACCUUGCUGCUCAGAAUCGGAUCACCGAGUGGAAAGGAAAAAGGCUGAAUAAUCAAUGGUCAAAGGGGCCAAGUAUUCCACCAGACAAGAAACAAAAUUUAGGGACUUCAAAUACUUCUGCCCCUAGUCAAGGUACGAUUCCUGCUUGUUCGGAAUGUGGAAAGAGGCAUCGUGGGACAUGCUAA